AUGUGGACAGAUAGCACGACUGCACUGCAGUGUUUGAACUCUACCAGCAAGUUGCCUGUCUUUGUGGCUAAUCGGGUUUCCGAAAUUCUCGAAUCCACCACAAUUGAUGAGUGGUUCCAUGUGUCCAGUGGCGACAAUCCAGAAGAUACCGGCACUCGUGGAAUAACUGCUGAGGCUCUGAAAAAAAGCGUUUGGGAUACUGAAUACGAAGAAAAUGGAACAAUCAUCAAUGACGUUGCGCUCCUGAAACUAGAAAGGAGAGCUCCACGAAAUUCGGAAGUUUUACCCCUUUGUACCAAGGACUACACUCAAAGUAGAAGUCCCCUCAAAUUGGCAGGUAUGGGAAGGAUAUACCAAGGUUCUAGAACUGCAAAGCCAAACCCAAGAGACUUGGAGCUGCAAGAGGUUGAACUCACUGAGACUACUGACUGCCCAAAACUAUGGGAGAGUCAUGCGCCUGUUGCCGAAAUGGAAGUCUGUAUGUUGGGCAAUAACAAAUCGGGCUGUUACGGCGACAGUGGGGGACCACUUUUCCCUGUGGAUAAGGACGACAAAGCUAUGUGUCUGUACGGCACACUGUUCCUCGACAUGAUCCGAACCGAACUGAUUCUUGUUGCGUAA